UUAUUUAUGCUGCUCUUGUUCUCGGUAAUGUAAUCUUAUCAGUUUAAGAAUAGUCGCCAAGAAUAACUGAGAUUUCGUUACGGGCUUUACCAUAUUAGUAUAAUUUUUUAUAUAUAGGGUAACUAGUUCUAAUAAUAAGGAAAAUGAUGAAACAACGAGAAAUUAGUGUUACCAUACGAAGGGCCAGAAGAGAAGAUAUGGCUCAGGUUUAUAAAAUGAUAAGGGCAUUGGCAGAAUUCGAACGACUAGAACACACGAUGACCUUGGACCUUAAAACGUUAGAAAACGACGGUUUCGAUUGCGACGAUCCGGCAUUCACUUGCCUAGUGGCUGAACUAUCUGACGGUUAUAUAGUGGGCUAUGCCCUCUAUUACACCUCAUACUCAACCUGGCUAGGAAGAUCCAUAUUCUUGGAAGAUCUCUAUGUACAAACCGCUUACAGAAAAAAUGGAAUUGGUAUGCAGCUAUUCCUCGCUGUAGCAAAGAUAGCUCAUGCAACACCAAGUAAGAGAUUAGAUUUCCACGUGCUAUCAUGGAAUCCCGCGGCUGAUUUCUAUAAGAGGCUGGGUGCAGUCGAUAUGACUAUUCACGAAAAAUGGCAUCAUUUUAGGAUGGAUGAUCGAUGUUUGGAUAGGCUAUUCGAGCAUCAGUCUUCCAGUUCUUAAGUGAUUACAAGCUGAGUUCAUCAUCUAUUUGAGUGGUGUUUCAGCACUUAGAACUGUAAGAUCUUUAAGACGUACCAUAAAAGACUGCAAAAGUGCUAUUUUAAGCAUUCAGUAUUUCAAACUAUAUAAAGAAUUGUCAUUUAUAAUUUAUUCGUAGAACUUUAUAUAUUGCGUCCAGAUUAUGAACCUCUUCAUUAAUUUUCCAUGAAAAACUACAUAUUAUACUCAUUUUGCUAUUUUAAAUACAGAUUUUGUAAGCGAUUCUGUUUUUCAAUAAAAUAUUUAAAAGA